GAUGAGGCGUGAUGCGGCGCUUCUCGGCCUGCCCACAUUUUAUUCGAUAUUUUACAGUAUGCCUGAGCAUAAAUAGCACACUACAUAGUAUAAACGCGAGUACACAGGAGAUUGACUGUGCAUAGUGGAAUCGGGCGUAUAACCGUGUCGACAGCAGAUGCCGACUCUCUGGCCUUCUGUGAAAAUGUAUCGACUAUUGAUCUGCUGCCUGGCAUGGGCGAUUAUCGGAAAUAUUUACAUAACUGGGCAGAUAAUGUCUGACACACCGUUAGAUCGAACAUCCCAGGUCCUCAACACAUUGAUGUCUCUGUACGACAAACGGAUUCGACCACACACUAACGGUUCAGCGACCGAAGUCACAUGCAACAUGUACAUAAUUAGUCUGGAUUCGGUUAAAGAAGCGACAAUGGAAUAUGGUAUGACUAUUCUGUUCACACAGAAAUGGGUUGAUUCACGGCUUGCUUUCAACGUCAGCAUACUGAAUGGUAUAGAUAAAAUUACGAUUGCGCACGAUGUCUGCUGGGUACCCGAUCUAUACUUCACCAACGUUAAAGAAGGGAGCUUUCAUCAAGUAACCGUAGAGAACAGGUUUAUCGAGACUAACCACCUGGGGCACGUCACGCUGAGUAUGAAGUUGACUUUAAUCCUGUCAUGUUACAUGGAUUUCCGCCGCUUCCCAAUGGAUCAACAGGAGUGCGGGAUGGAUAUAGAAAGUUACCAAUAUGGCAGCGACAAUCUUGUCGUGAAAUGGCGGGAUGAAAACCCCAUCAGAAAAAAACCCGAUGUGCGGCUACCGCAGUUCUCGAUUUCUCCGAUGAUCACACGCAACUGCUCUCAUGAUAUGUACGAGACAGAUCCAUGGAGUUCCAUUCCAGCGUUUGGUCGAAACAGGGGUUAUUUCUACCGAGAAGAGACCCGAUAUAAAGAGCCCGUUUAA